UUUAUUGCUCGUCCGACAACAAAUUUAAACAAGUUUGUUAUACCUGUGACAUCCAAAAGAAUGGCAGCUUUGUGGGUACUAUUAUUUUGCGGGAUUGUUACACAAACUGUGGCCGACUAUGAAGCAAACUGGGAUAGUUUAGACAGCCGUCCACUUCCUGACUGGUAUGAUAAAGCAAAAAUUGGAAUUUUCCUCCACUGGGGUGUCUACUCAGUUCCCAGUUUAGGAAAUGAAUGGUUCUGGAGUAGUUGGGUAGGAGGCAAUAGUGAAAUUGUAAACUUUAUUGAGAAGAACUACCCACCCAAUUGGACGUAUCAAGACUUUGCGGAACAAUUUACAGCAGAAUUUUACGAUCCCGAUACUUGGGCCGACUUGUUUAAAAAUUCUGGUGCAAAAUAUGUAGUACUAACCAGCAAACACCAUGAAGGAUAUGCUAUGUGGCCAUCAAAAUACUCCUACAGUUGGAACGCGAAUGACGUGGGUCCGCACCGUGACCUUUUAGGAGAUCUUGCGAAAGCUGUUAGGAGCAAAGAUCUCCACUUUGGCCUCUACCACUCUCUACUUGAAUGGUACCAUCCUCUUUACGAAGACGAUAAAGCAAACAACUGGGCAACUUCUAACUUUGUCGAUUCAAAAGUCAUACCAGAAAUGAAAGAACUUAUCAGUACAUAUGAACCUGAAGUUUUGUGGUCUGAUGGAAAUUGGGAGAGUCCGGACACUUACUGGAAAGCGACAGAAUUUCUUGCUUGGCUUUACAAUGAAAGUCCCGUCAAAGAUGUUAUAGUUUCAAAUGACAGAUGGGGAAGUAAUACUCAAUGUAUCCACGGCGAUAUUUAUACUUGCUACGAUAAAUACAAUCCAGGCGUCCUUCAACCUCACAAAUGGGAAAAUGCUAUGACUGUUGACAGAAAUUCGUGGGGUUAUCGAAGGACGAUAAAAAUAUCUGACAUUCUGACAAUACAUGAACUUAUUGAAACUUUAACACAAACAAUCAGUUGUGGAGGAAAUAUUCUUAUAAAUGUCGGACCAACUAAAGAAGGAACUAUCGUUCCCAUCUUCCAAGAACGUCUUCUACAGCUCGGAACGUGGUUAGGUAUCAAUGGUGACGCUAUAUACGAAAGCGUGCCAUGGUCUGUCCAAAACGAUACUCUAACUUCCGGUGUUUGGUAUACUAGUAAGGAUUCCGACGUAUAUGCUAUAGUUCUGAACUGGCCUGAUGGAAAUGUUCUAAAUUUGGGUGCUGCCACGCCUCUUUUCGGUUCAUCUAGUGAAGUGAUUUUGCUAGGAAACCAAGAUCAGUCAUUAACGUGGGAAAUCAGUGACGAUAAAGUGGCCAUAACACUCCCAGACCAAGCAGCAGUAAUGAGUGAAUGGGCUUGGGUUAUUAAGAUAACAUCGGCUUCCCAUUAGUAUACAUCUUACUUACCUAAGUAAAAAAAUAAAGCAUCAACAAAAAUAA